UUAUUCUUUGUUGGGCAGUCGGAGAACGAUGUUGAAAACAAAGUCGUCGUACAUUGGUGCUUGAAUUUUAACCAACCUAUUAAUUUUGUGUUUGAAUGGUAACAUUCGUACUCUAAUUGCUCUUAUUCUGAAGAAUGGCGUAGGGAUAAUGUCUGUUAUGACUACCAGAGCCAUAUAUUGAACAUUGAACAACUAGGCGAAUUUCUGACAGCUGCUUGAAUUUUUUGAUUCUUUUCUGAUGGCGUAUUCGCUUGGAUGCACUGAGUGCGUACUGAGUGCGACUAAGGCUUGUCCAUAAUCUAUUUUUCAUUUAAGAACGGCUUACAUAAAUCUUCAAAUACUUUUUAACCAGUGAAAUGCUCUAUAUAACAUCCGUACGAAUCAUUUUGAUGACUAAGAAGUUAAUGAAAAUGUAUUUGAAACAACUUUAAAUUUAAGAAUGGACUAUGAACAAGCCUUAAUCGCACUCAGUGCAUCCAAGCGAAUACACCAUGAAGCAUUAGGCCUGUUCGUUUUGUCUGCACUGUUGAACUGGUGCAUUAAGUUAAAGUGAGACAAACGUAGAUUUUCUCAUUCCAACUUGUUGCACCAGUUCAGCAGUGCAAGCAAAACGAACAAGCCUAUUAGAUGUGUUAAACAGUACUUGGCAAGACAUUUAUUACAAGAAUAUUCAAUAUCAAAUACUGUUGAUGGACCAAAUAUAAUUGAUAAUUGCACAUCUUAUAUAAGACAACAUUGCACAUCAUCUUAUACAAGAGGCAUUUCUUUUAAAGAAAAGUUAAUGUUUUGGGCAAAUGAACACAAAGUUCAACAUCAUGCUUUAUCGUCAUUGCUCAAAAUAUUAAAAACUGAAGGUCAUGACGAUUUUCCUAAUGAUGCAAGAACAUUAUUGAACACUCCACGAUGUACAAAUAUUUAUAAGACAUCAGGUGGUGAUUAUUAUCAUCAUGGUUUAAAAAAUGGAAUCAUCAAUAUACUAUGUCAGCAAAAUAACAACUGUUCUUUAUGGACAGAUGAAUCAUUUAAAUUCCGACAGAAUCCAGAACAUCAUACUGGUAUAUCUUCUUUUGAAGAAAUUCCAUUACCAAUGGUCACUAUUUUUCCACUUGAUUACAUGCACUUAAUUCGUCUUGGUCAGAUGAAAAAAUUACUACAUUUAUGGUUAAAAGGUCCUCGCAUUGCAGCCCGAUUAUCUGGAUUGCAAAAUGGAACUCCUGUUAUCAUUGGUCAAGAAUAUAUUAAUUAUUCAAGUUAUACUUUAUAUCCAUGUGAUUCGAGGCAUAUAAAUGUUUUUGUGAUCGAUGACGAUUUAACUGAGUUGAAAUGUUUUCCUAUUUCUGAAAUAUCUAAGAAAGCUGUUGUACUCCCAUGGAAUGGGGAGGAGCGAUUUUGCGCUUUUCCACUACUACAUUCCGAUAUAUUGGAAGAUGUUGUAGUGUGUAGUGAUAGGUACAAACUGGUGCUCAGUUGUUCCCCAGUCAUGGGUUAAUAACGAGGAAAAGACGUGUUUAUGGCCCCC